AACAUGCCACCAACAUCGGUACAAUACCAUCAAGUCACUAGAUGCAUUGACAUGGCAGUACAGUGCAUGCAGGAAAAACCAGGACAUAGACCUUCUAUAUCGGAAAUAAUCCACAUUUUGAGUGAACCUGGGAGGAUGAAUGGUAACCCUGACGAGAGUAAUCAUCUUCCCACAGACAUUAGUAUAUAUAUCUUGGAGCAGUUCCAGUUUGUGCGAAAUCUCCAGCAGUUCUGGAAAGAGGAACCGAGAUUUCUCUCGGGUCUUCCACCACCCGCCCGAGCUCCCACCCCGCCGCUCUGUCCAAGAUCCGCUCCGGCCGCCGCCCGUCCGAGCUUCACCCGUCCAAGUCAAACUCCUCCACUGCCGUCAGAUCGAGCUGCUCCGACCUGGCUCCAUCAGAGCUCCUCCGACUCGGGUCCAUCCGAUCUCCUCUACCCUAGCCAGACACACCUGGCUCCUACGUGCUCUGUUCUGCCGCCUGAGAUCGGUAGCCUCCUCCUCUCGUGUGCUUAGAUCGCCUUGAGGCAGUUCCAGUUUGUGCUUGCUAGACUGCAUACAUGGCCAAAUCUCUAGCAGCGUGUACCUAGAAUGGAGGACACACGUGUGCUGGAGCUUAUACUUGAAGGAAAGGAGAACCCGACGAAUCUGUCAUUGGCACUGUUACAUAAAAUCACCAAUGGUUUCUCCGAAGAGAGAAAGAUUGGUCAGGGUGGAUUUGGAGAGGUUUACAAGGGUGUGCUCCCAAACGGGAUAUUUGUUGCUGUGAAGAGGAUCGUAAACCCAAUUGAUGACCAGCCAUUUCGUCGUGAGUUUAAUAUCCUAACAAAGAUUGAUCAUCAAAAUGUAGUCAGGUUUCUUGGCUUCUGUUCUAAUUCAUAUCAGAUACCGACAAAAGAGGCUCAAUCAGAAGAAAUUAAUUUGGCCAGCGUAAAAGCAAAAUUGUUCUGUUUCGAGUAUAUCAGCAAAGGAAGCCUUGAUCAGCAUAUUAGUGAUGAAUUAAGGGGACUUGAUUGGGAAACACGUUAUGAAAUCAUCAUGGGAAUCUGCCAGGGUCUGUGUUAUCUUCACAAUGAAAAAAACAUUAUUCAUAUGGACCUUAAACCAGCAAACAUAUUACUAGGUGAUAAAAUGGUUCCAAAACUAACGGAUUUUGGUUUGUCAAGACCAAAUAAAAACUCACGUACUAUGGCACAACCUAUUGGAACACGAGGAUAUAUCGCUCCAGAAUACGAAAAAGAUGGGGAAAUUUCCUUCAAGGCUGACAUAUAUAGUUUGGGUGCCAUAAUCAUAGAAUUAGUAAAGGGGUGUAAGGGCGUCCCUCACAAAAAUAAUGUACUUCGAAGAUGGAGACACAGGUGGAAUAAGCCACCAACAUCGGUACAAUACCAUCAAGUCACUAGAUGCAUUGACAUGGCAGUACAGUGCAUGCAGGAAAAACCAGGACAUAGACCUUCUAUAUCGGAAAUAAUCCACAUUUUGAGUGAACCUGGGAGGAUGAAUGGUAACCCUGACGAGGUAAGGCCAACUCUAACGAAUCCCCUAAAAAAUAGAGGAGUAAACCUUAGUGGAAUAUGUUUGUGGAACACCACCUCCUCCAUCCUCCCCCCCCCCCUCGCCGCCGCCAAGGGCCACUACCAGGCAAAGCCCGGGCAGUGCCGGUGGCGGCGGUGCCUCUCCCCUAGCGCGCCUCUCCCUCCUUCAUUGUGGAGGCCUAGUUUUUCCUGGUGA